GCCCAAUUCUUCUCAGUUAUCACAUGGAGUUCCCGGAUGCCCAACGUCGGUUUUAUAUCUGGGAGUGCCGGUGGAGGGCUUGCGCCUGUCGUGCCACCGUGAACAGCCGUAAUGCGUGCCUGUGUGCACCUUUUUUCUAUCUCUGUACAAUGCUCGAGAGGAAGGAAGGAGAGGAACGUUGGAGUACAACAGAGGAGAAUAAUUGCACUAGCACGGGACCUCGUGGAAGUUACGGGACAAGGACCAAGUCGAACGGUUGUCGCCUCGUGGGCGUCUGGACCCAACAGAAACGCAAGCAAUAAGAGUUUGGCGCUUGUGUUGGGGGCCAAGGGAGCCAAACGAAGAUCCCACACGUUUAUGGAGGAAAAGACUGGAGGAGCGGUCUCAAGGGACGGUAUAUGGCUUCAUCAGUCCGACGACGUUUGUAAGAGCAAGGCGCCUAAUGGGAGUGCUACGAGCUGUCAGUGGACGAUCCGGAGACACAAUUAGAUACGCAUCUCCAGCCGAAGCAUGGGAUCUUGAGCGGAUGCAGUCCGGCUUAUCUUGAUGCACCGACUCACAGCUCGAGAAGCCAGGAUGAGAGCAGCCACU